GCCCGAGUAUGAAAUUUGAUAUUUGUCUAAUGGAUUGUUUCACCCCCUUUGUUUUGGUCUAAAAGGUAAGGUGCACACACACAACGGUAUUGUUUUUUCUUUCAUGGAAAAAUAAUAUAUUGGUUCCCAACCCGGCCCGUAUCUACAAACUCCUUUCGGGAGUGACUUGAUGUAAUGGUUAACUAUUUCAUACCGAGCAGCGAGCAUAAAUGAUAUCGAAGGCCCAUCGAAGGCCCAACAAAAGCGUCAAUAGGUUACCCGAAUAUUUAUAGGAUAGAUCGCCUGGAGCGGUAUUGUAUUCAACAUAUCAAACUUAGAGAUGGCGAGCUUCAAUGAAUUCACCGUACCAGUAGGCACUUGUCAUUCAUUCGGUAUAGAAUUAGAAUUCCUGGUAGCUUAUUUGCCAAAUGAUGCGCCCGAUCCGAAUGAAACCGAAGCUCACUUGCUUCCCCCUCUACUACGAGUCGAUACUUCUAACUACAAAGCUACGACGGAAAUCAGGGAAAGUAUUCGCGCUACUCUUAGGGCAAAUGGGGUUCCUGUUUCUGAAACUGGGACUGGUUUCGUUUCAUUUACAGGCGAGACUAGGGAUGAGUCGGCUUAUCGACUUCGUGGAAAAAACAAAUGGAACGUCGCCCUAGAUGGUAGUCUCGGGGAAACGUUCAUGGAUAAUUAUAAGUGGCAAGCUAUCGAAAUCCAAAGCCCAGCGUUAUGGGCAACGGACGAAUCGUUUAAGGAGAUUGAGUACGUUACCAACGUCCUCACUUAUAACUACCGCCUCCGCGUCAAUCCGACAUGUGGUUUCCAUGUUCACAUCGGGAACGGAUCAGAUUUCUUCACAGGUGAAUCAAUCAGGAGACUAGGUAUGUUCCUCUGGGCUGCUGAUCCUACUAUCUCACGUCUGCACCCCCCGUGGCGCAGAGUUCACUCAUAUUCCGCGAGUGUUCGCUACCAUAGCCGGCUAGCCACUGAAGGAAUUACGAUAAAAGAUGUCCGAAAGGAGUUCGAAUCGUGGUUGUCGACCGAUGACCCCAUAGCAAUAACUAAAUUUUCAGAUACUACUAGGGAGGAGGUGGCAUUCGGCAGCGCGGAGAGAUGGGAGGCAUACGCAAAGUGGCGCAAUCGUGUAGGUCCGUUUAUGACAUUAAGAGACGAUAUCGGUAGUGCACCGACGGAAGACUCAUCAGACCAACCUCCCAGCGACUCGGAACCUUCCCUUCUACCAUCAUGGGAAGCAGUGGAGGCUAUAGGGCGUCACCUACGCGAACAGGAAAGGCAGAAAGAUGUACCCCCUGAGGAUCAUACACUACAUAGGAAUAUAGGUUGGAUUCGUUGGGAUGCGUUGCAGGAUACUAAAGUCAUCGAACAUGUUUAUUCCCUCUGUAAAGACCAGUUCGGAACCACAAACCCCACUGGACUUGACACCAUCGACCAGAUACGGCUUGUGGUUCUCGCACAAUCUGCCUUUAUGUAUGGUAAGAGGAUCAAUGAGAUAGAUGACGCGCAAUUUUACCAAGUUAUACUAGCGAGCGCGCCAUAUUUCGAAGCUGCGCGUUUCGGUUGGCAAUACGAUUCAAUUGCUAAAAAUUUCACCCUAGCAUCGUCUAACAUUGGCCCCAUACUCUCGAAGCCGAGACCGAAGAAGGAAGAGCGGAUCGACUCGCCCUAUAUCCUCAGAAAGUGGCAAAAUAUAGUCGAGCUAAUGGAACCGGAUGAAAGUGACGACCAUCCUAGCUUCUCUGAAUACAACGAAGCCAUACAAACAAACGAGGGUAUCUCGAAUCUCUUCGAGAAAUUUAGACCCCGCGCCGACUCGCCAGAUUCCCAGUAUCAACACGACAUGCCGUCACCGCCCCUUCUUGAUUUUAGCCCUACAUCGUCUGCUACCACUAUCUCUUUAUCAUCUUCCCCUAUUGCCUCUGAUCCACGGUCCAGCCCUCUCGAUCCCAACCCGGAGCCCCUACCCAAAAGCCCAUCUUCUGAUGGGUCAUCUAACGAUUCGCCACCUGUGCUACUAAGAGGGUUUUCCGAUAUAUCCUAUCGCAAUAAUCUAGAUAUCGACGUACCAUCCAGUCCUUUCCCCCCCUACGUCGAGCACGAGCCUGAGGAUGAGUCCCGGCCACAGAAGAUGCGCCCCCACGAUGUAAAUAAUCUCACAGCCCUCUACCAGUCCGAAGUCGACAAGUACGCCUUCAUCCCCGACGCAAUGUGGGACCGCAUCGGCUGGGUUCCGUCAAUAUUAAACCCCCUCCCGGACCCAGCCGGCGAGUACGCAAAAAGGGACCCUAUUUUUUCCAACGCGUACAUGUACGAAGACUCGCCAGCAAUAAAGGCGCAUCCUAUUACUUCGGGGAUUCAAGGCAUCGCCAACCUCGCGGCCUGCGAUUCGGCCAUGGCCGUCGCGACGCUGCUCGAGGGCCCCUUCGGCCGCCGGCUCAAUUACAACUUCAAGAACUACUCGGCGCCGGUGUUAAGAGACGAAAGGGAAGACAGGUUCAGGUCGGCGAACCCGCGCACGAUCGAGUUCCGCGAGGCGGCGGGGACGCUCGACGCGAAGUGGAUUUCGACGUGGGCGCGCAUCACGGCGGGGCUUGUGCGGUUCGCACGACGCGCGAGCCCCGUUGAUUUUCUAGUUGUCUUAGACAAGCUUAUGGAGCAAGAGGACCGCGAUGUCGCUAUAAAGGCGGCUAAGGCUAAUGGUACUUACGAUCCUGCAGAUCACGACGAAGAGGAUAGGUAUGAUGUUUGCGACUUGCUCGAGGACAUCGGGUUGUUCUGUGAUGCCGCUUUAAUUCGGAAGCGAGAAGAGGAGUUUGGCCCGCCCAGGUGA